AUGUCCGAGAAGUAUAAAUAUGACGAGCUUGCUGCAAUGAAGGAGAUUGGAGCAUUCAAGGAAAGAGAAGAGAUGGCACGCGAGGAACACUCCCAGUUAAUUGCCAGCCGGAAGAAGAUACAGAUGGAAGAAUACUCCGCCGGCAUCGAGCUCGACCAAGUACGAGAGGAAUUGCAGAUGGCCAAUCAGUCCAUGACCGAACGGGUGUCCGGAUGGAAGGAAGCCAUGUCGAGGGCCGAGGCCGAGCACGGAGCAGUAAAGGAAUCUCUCGGGAGCCAGGUUCAACUCCUGAGGCUCUACUCCGACUGGACCAUCCGGUUCGGGAGGCUGGACCAGCUUUGCCGCCAUUGCCACCAGUGCCUGCCCGCCAGGCUGGACCAGCUUUGCCGCCAUUGCCACCCGUGCCUGCCCGCCAGGUUGGAAUCUUUCAUGGAGAAGAUGGCCGCGGGCAGAGGAGGUAUUGGUAUUGGGAAGAUUGCUGUGGCGCAGGACACGCCGAUGAUCGUGGGCAUCAUCAAGGACAGCAGUACCCGAGAGCUGCACCCAGAGCUUAUGCGCCUGGGGAACGUGAUGCUGAGCUUCGCGCUCAAGCUGGCUCUACUGGGGAGUCCGAAAGGUGGAGGCGCCGGGACACGCAAUAUGACAGCCGCGACAACCAGGAGGAGGAGAGGGCUUCUGGGAGUGACCAACGCCCAGCUCCACCAUGGCAUCAAGAUCGAGGCCACAGACGUGUGGAUGUUCGAGACGCUCAACCUGGUAGCGGCAAUCGUUGGCAACCAUCAGCGCCCUGGAGCAGGAGGGAUCGUGAUGUUCGUGAUCCGCCAUGUAUGCCGGUUUCCGGCGGGCCUUGCAAGGAUGCAUCGGGGCGAGGGCCCAGCGUACCAGGGCCACCAGCAGGCCCGGGAUCAGAACGGCCAAGGUAGCUAUAAAGUCCUCAUGUUUAUCGCGAGUCUUGAGCUGUUUUGCUUUGAGAAGGAGAAUUGGUGCCUGAGCCAGAUUGGAGGCGCGCGGGCUCGUGUAGAGUCGCUGUGCAGCCUUGCUGGCUGGGCUCGGAAGGAGGACCCGGAGGAUGGUGCACAGGUGGAGGAAGCCCCAGCCGAGGAGUCAGAUGAGGUUGAGCGAGAAGGACUGCUUCGAGGUCUUCCAAGAAGAAGAGCAGGAGAUGAGGAGGAGGCCCAAGCCCCCAAUGAGGAGAUCCCGGCUAGAGCGGAAGAGGCUCCGGCCGGGUCAGCAGCCCCUGAGGAGCAGCCCCGAGGAGAAGAGAUCAGGCCACAGGAUGUUCCGAUCCCUCACCUUGAGAUGGAGGACAGUGAGCCGAGCUCCCGAUCAGAACCGGAGGGUGAGAUGGAGUUGGAACGGAGAGCGGUGGAGUCAGUGGUCAGGAGCCGGAAGAUGAUGGACAUGAUCGCGGAGGGGAGGAGGCAAGCCCGUCAAGACCAGUUAAGGCAGGCGCCGGAUGAGGAGCUGGACGAGGAGUUGCGAUUACUACAGCGAGGUCGACAGGAAGUGAAGGAGGAGGAGCGAGGAGAAAUGGAGGAAGGACCCAAUGCUUCGAGCCUGCCGAAAGGCCAGGAUGGCAAGAUACUCUGCACGAAAUGCCAACAACGCCUGCGCCCUCAAAACUACAAGAACCACUCUGGAUCGCAGGCUUGCCUUCGAGCUGCAGAAGCACGUCGCGAAGCUGAGGAAGCUGAGGAAGCUGAGGGAGCAGGCAAUAGCCGCCAUGUCAGCGAGGCCGAGCUGGAGCCAACGCCGAAGAGGAGCGCAGAGGAUCCUCCGGAGGUUGUGAAGAGGCUGCGCCGACUUUUGCGGCAGCAAAAGGAAGAAGCAGAUGCCAACCUGCGCCGGCAAAAGGAAGAAGCAGAUGCCAACCUGCGCCGGCAAAAGGAAGAAGCAGAUGCCAACCUGCGCCGGCAAAAGGAAGAAGCAGAUGCCCCUGCGCUUUUGCGGCAAAAGGAAGAAGCAGAUGCCAACCUGCGCCGGCAAAAGGAAGAAGCAGAUGCCCUGCGCCGACUUUUGCGGCAGCAAAAGGAAGAAGCAGAUGCCAAUCUGCAGCGACAGGUGCAGCAGGCACGGGAGCAGGCGCGGCAGGAAUGCCAGCAACAGCAGCAACAGGAGGAGUUGCGGCAUUUGCGGCGCUCACACGAGCAGUUGCACCUGCGACUGGACCAGGUGCUGCAGCAGCAGCAGCAGCAGCAGCAGCAGCAGCAGCAGCAGCAGCAACAGCAGCACGCACAGAGGAGCCAGGAGAGAGACCAAGCGAUGCUUGGCCAGAUCGUGGGACAUCUCACGAGAUGA